AGCUCUCCCACUUCCUCGUACAUCCCUACUUGCCAAUCAAAGAAGCAAACAGCUUCCUAUUCGCAGUAAUGGCGUUCGGGAAAACCCUAGCCCGCCGCUUUCUCGAUAUGGCUUCCACAAGCCCGAUCAAAAUCCGAGGCAAUGCGGGCGCGGUGGGUAUCCAUAGUUCCCUCAUUCCCCGGCGAAUCCCACCGCAAUCGGGCGGCCGUAGACUGCGGAUUCAGGCGGCGGUGACAAAGGAAUUGAAAUGGGGUUUCAGAGCGGCGGGGGUUAUGCAUCCUUUUAUGCCGCGGAGGCAAUCGGUUGUGGUAGAAGAAGAGGAGCUGUUGAGGAAAGGGGCGUCGAUUGAGGAGUUGAGGAAGGCGAUCAUGGCGUCGCAGGUGGAGAUGGUGAGGUUGAGGCUGAAGGGGAUUGCGAAGAGCGUGAUCGAGUUUUCGGAGUUUUUGCGGAUCUGCUGCGAAUGUUCGAGUGAGGAGCAGGGGAUGGGGCUUGCUCGUUCUCUUGAUAUGCGCGGGAUGGUGAUGGUUCACGGGAAGGUUGUAUUCCUUCAUCCCGAUCAGAUAACUAAGGCAAUCCAAAACGUGAUUACCCAGUCGCUUCUCCCUCCCAGUGAAACGAAGUCGAAUGAGCUAAGACAACUGGAAGAGAAGAAAGCCAUGAUCGAUAAGGAGGCUGAGUACAAGGUUAGGAGAGAACUAUGGUCAGGUCUAGGAUUUUUAGCAGCACAAACCAUGGCUUUCAUGAGACUAACCUUCUGGGAACUCUCAUGGGACGUCAUGGAACCCAUUUGCUUCUACGUAACUUCCCUAUACUUCAUGGCUGGUUUCAUCUUCUUCAUGAGAACAUCCACUGAUCCUUCUUUCGAAAGCUUCUUCAACAGCCGCUUUGCCACGAAGCAGAAGCAGCUGAUGAAGGAGCAUAGCUUCGAUAUUUCCAGGUACAACGAGCUUCGCAGCGUUAUUUCGCCUCCAUGUUGAUCAGGAUAUUAUUGCAAUUAUUAGUUUAAUUAUUAGGGAUUCGUUGAAGAUAUUGCUCUUUAGGUUUCUUAUGAUGAUUUUCAAUCUCCGAAUAGGAAUUUCAUUCAAAUUUAUAGUUUGAAUGAUAUUGUUUUGCCAUUAUUUAAGCUGUGAUUGAAUCAAAGCUGUGAUUGAAUCAUGCGAUCAAGGUCAAUGGCGUGAUUGUCGGGGGAGAUUUUUAGGAAUUUUUUUUUAAUUUUUUAUCAUUUUAUAGUUUUGAUUUGUAUGAAAAAAGUGUAAUGAAACUUCAUUUAUUUAUGCA